AUGUCAGCGAAUGUGAGUGUGUGUGAGAUGUCGCAGGAAGUCAUAGAUCUACUCAAGAAGUUUAAGCUGAGGAAGGAAAAGAAUAUUGCUGCUAUUGUCUUGAAGAUUGACAAAGCUACCCUGAAGAUUAUCAUUGAUGAGCAGUUUGAGGAUAUUGCCAUCGCUGACCUGCAAGAUGAGCUCCCACCCCAGCAGCCCAGAUACGUGGUCCUCAGUUAUGUAUACAAGCACGAUGAUGGUCGAGUCUCCUACCCACUGCUCUUCAUCUAUGUCUCACCACAAGGCUGCAGCCCAGAACAACAGAUGAUGUAUGCUGGGUCUAAAACCAAAGCUGUCAAAGAUGCUGAGUUUACAAAGGUGUUGGAGCUGAGAAGUCUAGAGGAGCUCACAGAGGAAAGUAUCCUUGAGAAACUCAAGCAGUUCAAGUAG